CACAAAAGACAACUUUGCAAGCCAAUGGUUCUAUCCGUGAUACAAAGAUUCUCAAGAAUGGUCGCGGAGAUCGUCAGUGGACUCGAAUACUCGAAGAAAGUUCUUCAUGAUGUUGGCGAGAAAAUUGCAAAGACACGUGAACACCAUCCACAUUUCGAGGCGGUUUUGGCUAUUGUACAGGUCGGCAACCGUUCAGACUCCAAUGUGUACAUCAACGCAAAACUCAAAAAAGCUCAGGAAAUCGGAGCUCACGGAAAGCUCAUCAAACUUCCAGACACUAUUACACAAGGAGAUUUGAAGCGCGAGAUUAUGGCAUUGAACCAUGACAACAAUAUCGACGGAAUCAUUGUUCAGCUCCCACUAGACUGCAAACACGAAAUCGACGCCGACUACAUCAUUGACCUUAUCGACCCACUGAAAGAUGUGGAUGGUCUUACCCGUAUCAAUGCUGGCCGACUUGCUCGUGGAGAGCUUCAGCGAACAAUCUUCCCUUGCACUCCAUUCGGAUGUCUGUACCUAGUUCAACAAGCCACGGGGAACCCAAACUUUGUUUCUGGAAAGGAAGUGGUUGUGUUGGGACGGUCGAAAAUUGUUGGGUCACCAGCAGCCGCUCUGUUCUUGUGGCACCAUGGAACUGUGACAAUUUGUCACUCAAAGACUCCAAACAUCAAGGAGAAGUGCUUGAGAGCUGAUAUUCUGAUCGUUGCCAUUGGAAAGAAACAUUUUGUCAAAGCCGAUUGGAUUAAACCAGGGGCAUUCGUUAUUGACUGCGGAAUCAACGUUGGUGAAGAUCCAACAUCUCGCAAAAUCUACGGAGAUGUUGACACGGAGGCCGCCAAGGAAGUCGCCGGGUACUUGACUCCAGUUCCAGGAGGUGUCGGACCGAUGACCGUGGCGAUGCUUAUUCGCAACACUUACGAACAAGCGAAAAGAAGACGUCUCGCCGGGAAGGAAGCAAAUGAGGAAUUUGACAACUGA